AUGUUUGACAAUAUCAUGAAAGAUGUCGAAAGUGAAAAGAAGAAGUUGAUUUUAAAUCGAGAUCUUGUGCAGGAAAAACUUGAAGCAACACCUAAAACUGAAAAGGUCAACAAUGCUGUUUUUGAGUGGCUAAAAGAAAGUGAGAAACUCGUAGAAGAGGAGGAGAAUCUUAAAGCAAUAACAGAACUAGAGAUUCUCGAUUUUGAUUGUUCAUUAGCAUGGAUACAGUGGUUAUUGUGUGCUGAUCACAAGAUGAGACAUAGGAGGUACAGAGAAAUGCUAGAUAGAUUAAAGGCACUGAAUAGCAAGUGUGAAUUUGAUCCAUUUUCCACAACAAUUCCACCUCUAGACUACUUCUCUUCUGGAUAUUUUGUGCCUUUUGAGUCUAUAAAAGAGGCUUCAGAUAGACUUCUAGCGGCAUUACAGGAGAGUAAUUGUUCUACGAUUGGAUUGUAUGGAAAAAGGGGCUCUGGUAAAACAAAACUGGUGAAAAUAGUUGGCGAGAAAGCAAAGUAUUUAAAUAUUUUUAAUGAAGUUGCAUUUGCUACCGUGUCCCAAAACCCAAAUGUUAGGAGGAUUCAAGAUGAAAUUGCUGACUCUUUGAACCUGAAAUUCACUAGAAACACUCUAGCUGGAAGAGCGAGAACAAUAUCUUUGGAAUUAAAAAGUAAGGAUCGAGUUCUUGUGAUAUUGGAUGAUGUUCAAGCCAGGAUUGAACUAGAGGAUAUAAUAGGUAUUCCUGGUGAUCGUACGAAAGGGUGCAAGGUUCUUCUGACCACACGCCGUCAAAGAGAAUGUGCUUUGAUGGAUUGUAAAGAAGAGUUUUCACUAGGUCCCUUAUCCGACGAUGAAACUUGGACUUUGCUCAAAAACCAUUCAGGCAUAGGAGACGGGUCAUCACCUGACAUAUUAAAUGUGGCGCAUCAAGUUGCUUUGGAAUGUGAAGGGUUACCUGGUACAAUUAAAGAAGUGGGAUCUUCCUUAAAAAGUAAACAUGUUAAGGAGUGGAAAGCAUCAUUAGACAAUUUGAGACAUUCAAUGGCCCGAUGGCAGAUUUUUAUCAGUUUUAGAGGAGAAGAUACUCGCUUCUCUUUUACGGGUUUUCUCUAUGAAGCACUACUUCGAGAAGGAUUCAAAAUAUUUAUGGAUGAUGGUGGAGGAUUGGAUACUGGAGACCAAAUUUCACCCUCUCUUAUUAAUGCAAUUGAAGCAUCAAGGCUUUCGAUUGUUGUUUUAUCCGAAAACUACGCUAGUUCCUCUUGGUGUCUUGAUGAGCUUGCUAAGAUUCUUGAGUGUAAGGAAAACAAGAAUCAAAUAGUUUGGCCUAUCUUUUACAAAGUCGAUCCAUCACAUAUAAGGCAUAUGAGAAAUGGUUAUGGCAAUGCGAUGACUGAACAUGAAAACAUUUUUGGAAAUGAGCCUGAGAGAUUACAGAAAUGGAGAUCGGCUUUGUUUGAAGUUGCUGGUAUGUCUGGAAAGCCUUAUGAAACCAAUAACGGGUACGAAUAUAAAUUUAUCCAAAAGAUCGUGGAACAUGCUAAUAAUAUUAAAAGUCGAUUGUAUAUACGAAGCAUGGACAUGGACUAG